CGUGAUCAGACUGAGCCUUCCGUCAUUGAAGCGUAAUUAGUAUUGAAGAUAUCGUAACCCGCUUGUCUAACGAGUGAUCUUUGGAUCAAAUUGACGCGAUGAAAUUCUCUGUGUAUCUCAUUUGUUCAGUGUUCCUGUGUCACUUGCAAGAAGUUGAAGCGCUCAAAAGAGUUGCAUCUGCUGUGUACAUCGUACUGGCAGUUCUUUUCCUUCUGAUCCUUCUUGGAGGGAUUUUCCUGUUAGUAAAAUACAGCAUGGACUGCAACUCUAAAAGGCGGCGUACGCGUGACUCUAGCGUGACAACUAACGUUUGUGACACACAGCAGCCUUCCGAAGCCGGUCUUCAACAUCAGGAUUACUAUCCAGAAUUCCUACAUUCAAUCUACCCACCACCGUUAGAAAGUCUGCACUUCGCAAUUCCUCAGCCGAUGAUGAUGCCAAGGACGGAGAUUUUAGUGGGAGAGCCUCCCCCACCUUACCCUGGCAUGUAGAAGAGACCUUUUCAUUUUAAAUCGUUUUUUAAUGAUGCAGGAAGUGGUUAUACCUCGCAAUGACUGUUAGCGACCAGCUCUGAGAAGUGAUCAUCCAGCGGGUUGUAAUUAAUUGAUUUAGUCUAGAAAAACAACAUUAAUUUUAUGACGAUGGAUUCCAAAGUUGUAUCCCAAGUAGUUGACUACUCAAACUUGACCGACGGCUGAGCUAUUUUUGAAUAUUCCAUCUAUAAACUUUCAUGAACAAACGAGAACUAGGAACUUUGUUAAAAAUCAGUUUUACUCACUGGGGCUUAAAGAAAUACAACUUUAGAAAGUAAAUGCCAGUUUAAUUAAAUGUAAAUGUAAGUUUAAUUAAUGAUAAUCGACGGAUUUUGCGAAGGUACUUACAUCCUUAGCUUGUUACGUGAUAACUGCUGCUGCAUGUGACAAUUUAUGCAAAUAUUACUAGGGUGAACACGUCAACCGGUUUCGCCAAUGUUUUGCUACUGCUGUUGACAAGAAUGCGUGACAGUGUUACGCUGAAGAUCCACGCUGCUAGACAGAACAAUCAACUGACACAAAAAAACUGUGAUUAAUGCUUGAAUCAUUUGAUUGAACGAUUUCUGGAUAUAUUUUCAACCCUGAGUUAUUAUUACUCUUAGUCAAAAAUAUUUCCUUACAAUUACAAAUAGUAUCGUACUUGUUUCAACAUUAGAACUGAGAUUCUGAUGUCUACUUUUUAACUUAAGUUGCGGGACAUUAUUUAAUUCUGCAUUCAGUCGUAGAAUAUUCAAUUGUUGCUGUAGUGAAGAUUUGGAGUCAAUAGAUUUUUUCAGGGGGGAGGGGUAGUGUUGCAUAACCUGUAUCUCUGUAGUCGGUUAGAGCUUCAACACUGUGGAAAUAUAAGUAUACAAAGAAAAAAUAUUAAAACUUACAAUGCAUCGCACUCGUUAAUUACAGCGUAUAUUUCUCGACAAAAGAAGGACAGUAAUAA